UCUACCAGAACAAUAAUGCAAAAAUUACAGGCUAGUUUUGCUGUACAAUCGUUCAAAAACGAAACAAAUCAAUAGAACUUCUAACCAAAUCCUCGUGUUAUAUUUUCAAUCACAUUAAUUCAGGCUGAAAAAUUCGCAAUUAUAUUUUAUCAAACUAAACUGCAUUACAGAUACUGUUGGACAGUCGAAUUAAACGUGAAAAAAUCAUUUGAUAAAAAUCGUUCCGGUAAUUGUUUUCAUAUAUAGUAUGAACGUAUUAUGAUUUGAAAAAGUCAAUUGCUACAAAUUUAAUUAGUGAUUUCCCACUUCUUUGAGAACUUUUUUAAAUAUUUGGUUUGCUACAUUUUACUUCUAUUAAGCUAGAAAAAAACGGUUGUCUCCAGCUUACUCACUUUCAGUUUUUUUUUUAAUUUUAUCUGGCAAAUAUUUGUAAUUCGAAGAAAACAAACAAAAGCAAAGAGUCUUUGCUAACUAUGCCUCUAGAUUUUGCUGGUUCUGCUAUCAAGCAGAAUGCGGGCAAAAUAUCUGAAAUUGACAGGUGGGAUCCUACUGACAAAGAAAGAAAGUGGCUUCUGCUCUCAGGGGCGAGCGAUCCUCCAAACAGAUAUCAGCUCUCUGAAAAUGGUGAACGAGAGGCUAGAGGAGACCAAAGAGACAUCUAUCUGAAAGGUCAAAGUGUGGAUUUUGUCAACAUGGAAAGAGCUGUAGGUCAUCACCUUCACAACAGAGUACUGAAUUUCGAAAUUAAAAAAGACGAAGCAAAGAGUCAUGUUCUGAAAUUUUUCAACUUUUGCAAGGAGAACAGUUUCAAACCAAUGUUGUAUUAUACUGGUCACGGAGAGUUACCGACUGGAAAUUGGUGCCUAGCAGAUGGUACAAUUAGCAUAGAAGAGAUCUUCGACUGGAUGCCGACUGGGAUGGAGCCCCCGACCAUCUGUACUGACUCAUGUUUUAGUGGAGUGUGGGCUGAUUAUUGCAUUCAAAAGAAAGUACCAGGAUUACACUGCCUCUCCGCGACAGUUGAUUGCCAAGCCGCUUAUGAUCACAAAGAAGGUGGAGGUGAGCUGACUCACUACAUGACAGGUAAUGAGAGCAAACUCGAAUGUGGUCGACCCUCAACUGAACCACUUUUCAGCAGAGGAAUAAACGUUGAUUUCCCUACUCUUAAAAAGUACACCAAAACGAACUAUAACGAUUUCAACCGUUUUUUUACACACGGUAAUCAGGAGACUUUGAUUUGGCAGAGUAUACACGGCAACUACAUGUCAUCAGUAUUUGGUCACCACAAGAAAUAUAAUGACAAGAAGAAACAGUUUUGGGUGAGCUCAUCCUUCAAAGAAGUCAAGGAACAAAUGAAGGUUCACUCCAAAUCCGAUUUCAACAUUUAUUCCCUUGCUGUAGACCAGAAGACUGGCAAAUUUUAUGUAUACAUGCAGGAGGGAUUUGGAUCGGGGCAAACGAUUAUUCAAACCGAAGAUCCAGAAGAUCACUACAUGCCUGGUUUGUCGGUGACAAGUGUUGCCUGUUUGGGUAAAACAUACUUCCUUGUAAUAACGGCUGGUGUCAACGAAUACGAAAACAAAGAUCAAAUUGUUUUCACCAGUAGAUCAAGGUCAGAACUGGACACGGAGAUCAAGCGACAGAGAGAUAGAGGUAUGGUGAUUACCUCCUUUUGUGUCAACUCAGAUCAGAAGGAGUAUGUCACUGUAAUGACAGAGAUGGAGGGACAGGGACAGGAGAGUAGGUGGUGGGAUGAUAGCACUGCAGAUGGAUCACGGGAGAGCAGAAAGUGGGCAGAUGAUCUUUAUAGUAGCAAGAAGUUUGUGUACACAAUUGUGUGCACAGAUCCUUCAGAUGACCAAUGUUUCUAUUUGAUGACAAAAGAUGACGACAGAAGUGGUUACAGUGUCCGAUAUGCCUCCUUCUUUACUUGAGGGCUAGUGAGAUGAUGUCUGCUGUUGCUAUGAUAUAGUUAUACUGUUUCUCAUUCAUUUCCAUCUAGAAUCCUGAAGUGGACCUAACAAGAUCAAAAUAACGAGUUAUUUAUCAUUUGGAAAUAUCACUCGAAACUAUCAGUUGCAGAUUUGAGACAAGCUUAAUGAUAAUCUCUAGUAACUUUUCCAUUGUUGUUUUGAUUGCAUUAGUGUUUCACAAAUUAACUUUGCUCGGCUUGAAUCAUUUUAACAGACCAAGAAUAAGCUAAAACAGCCAUGUUUUUAAAUUCAACAGCAGCUAAUCUUUCGUUUUCGCUAUAUCGCUAUGUUUUUUUUAUAAACAUUUAUGGACGUUUCACUGAAAAAAUCAAACAGAUCAAUUUCAAUCAAAUUAUACCGAAAACUUUAAAUUGUGAAAGUGACCAGUUUCUCUUUGUCUCACUGUAUUUACUAUUGAGCGUAUUUUGACAUUUAAAAUUUGAUAGCCUGAAAACAUAAAUAUUGGUGUUUCACUCUUGUUCUCAAUUUGAAUGUCCAUAUUAGAUUACGCUUUCAAGUAAUUAGGUGCUCAA